CAAGUGUCAAGAUCCACUCGAUUAAACGUUAUCACAUCGUGUGAAUUAAAACUGGUUGAUCGCCUCCAAUACUAAGCAUUUCGAUCUGCGAUGUUUAACGUCGUAGGAGGUUGUUUGAACGGCGCCGCCGCCAGCUCUGUCGGUCAGUGGGUGGCAUAAUCAAUAGACGUCGUCGAGUCGGAAGUGUCGGGAGCGGUUGUGUGUGUGGAGUGAAUGCGAGGCGAUAUUUCUCCGAGGAGAUCAUGCAGCCGCCGCCGAGAAAGGGUAAUUACGCCAAAUUCCUCAAAAACCUCCACACGGAGCAGAUCAACAAACUCGCGCUUAAGAACCAGCACGAGUGCGACCUGCUUGAGGACAUUAGGAACUUUACAAUCAGGAAAUCCGCUCUAGAGAAAACUCACUCCGAAGACUUGCUUAAGCUGACCUCGCAGUUCCUCAACAAGAAAGCACCUAAUAUUCCUGAUAUCAAAAUCGAAGGCAGCGAAGAGAAAUGGAACAUGUGGAACGUUUGGCGAACAGUUUUAGAAGAAAACGAAAAACUGGCACGGGCCAGACUAGCAGCCGUCGAGGUUUUUCAACAGCAGAUAGCAGACGACGCGAAAAUUUUAAGGGUGCAUAAGCUACAAGCGGCGAAAAAAUGUUUGGACCAGUUAGCUAUCGUACAGAAGGAAUUGCAAGGGUGUGUACAAGAAGUGGACAAGACGAAAAAAAUGUAUUUCGAUGAGGAACACAGCGCUCAUGGGGUCAGAGACAAGGCGAGAGACAUCGAAGAAAAACUUAAGAAGAAGAAGGGCGGUUUCUUCACCUCCAUCACCUCGUUGCAGAAAAACAGUGCAAAAUACUCGACAAAACGCGACCAACUCGACGAGAAAUCGACGGGCGCCCGCAACGACUACCUUCUGUGCCUGGCGGCGGCGAACGCCCAUCAAACUCGCUAUUUCGUCGUCGAUUUGCAACAAUGUAUGUCGACGAUGGAAAGCAACGUCUAUGAAAAAGUCGCCGAAUAUCUCUUUCUAAUGGGUCGUACUGAACUUCUCACCUGUUCGGCGAUGCAAAAUUCCUUUACGAUUAUCAGAGAUCAAGCCAAACAACUAACAAGAGAUUACAACAUUCAGUGCUGUUAUUUGUACUAUCCUGUUCUCAAACAACACAUACAGUACCCCUUUGAACCGUGCGAUAACGACCCCAUUGAAACAAUCACGGCGGAGCAUGACUCGGCCGCCGCCACCUUGAGCAAAGAGGCGAGGAGAUGGGCCACGAGGAUAGCGAGGGAGAAUAAUGUCAUCAGGGAGAGCACGAGGAAGUUGCAGAUUUACAGCGCGCUCAGAGAGUCAGGACAAAAGGUGGAUCCCAACGACCAGAACGGCCCCGAUCUCGAAACGAAAAUCGAAGAGAUGAAACAGAAUAUUCGAAAAGCGGAAACGGCGAAAUCCAAAGCGGAAGCUCGGAUAGAGGCACUUCGCGAGGGCGGCGUCAACGUCGACGAGUGGCUGCAGGAGGCCGAGUCGCUCAACGUCCAGGAUAUUCAACGAUCGACAAGCUCAUUAUCGGACCACCCCAGCUCGGACUCGUUCUAUGACAGCGACUUCGCCGAGGGCGAGACCGCCGCCCCCCAAGCCGACAAACAACAAGAUAUAGACAGUGAAGGAAGUCAACACGACCAAUUUGAAAAUGCAGAGGUCGACGGUGAGUGGGCAAUGCUCGAACAAGAGAGACAGAGGAUUGAACAGUUGACUGCCGGAUGGGACGACCCCACUCAAAUCGAUUGGGGUACGGGGGAGACAGAAACAGAAAGCGAGAUUCGCCGAGAGUCGACCCCUUCUAUCCCCUUGCUCAAGUGUACGGCACUCUAUUCUUACACAGCACAAAACCCGGACGAGUUGACGAUCGUCGAAAACGAACAACUGGAAGUGGUAGGUGAAGGUGAUGGUGAUGGGUGGUUACGAGCGCGCAAUUACAAAGGCGAGGAAGGAUACGUACCACAUAAUUACCUGGACGUGGAGCGAGAACAGACGGCGACGACGCCAGGACUAGUCAAUCAAAUAUCAUUUUCAUCGGUAGACUACACCGUAGAUAACGAGGAGGAAGUGCAAGCACCGUCAGAGACGACAAAUCAGUCGCCAGAACAAGUCUCAGUCAUUUCACUGCAAGCCACCGUCCCAGACCCACCUGCAGCAUCCUACUGCAUUGCCCUCUACGAUUAUGACGGCGAAGGUGGCGAAGAACUCACUUUCGAAGAGGGUCAAAUAAUCAAAGUUUUGAGUAAAUGUGCACAUAGUGUCGAUGAUGGAUGGUGGAAGGGAGAACUGGAAGGUCGAAUCGGAAACUUUCCUUCAUUGGUGGUGGAAGAAUGCGACGAAUUCGGAGAACCAUUGACGAAUCAGUGGGACGAAACACCACCCCAGUCUGCACCACCCGUUUUCACACCACCUGAUGUCCCCAAUUUUUUAGUAGCAGCUGAAGUGGUUAUCACACAACCAACACCGUCUGUGGAACACCCCCAAGAACCACCAUCGGCUCUUAAAACCAAAGCUGGUUCAGCCUCUCCCGAGGGAAGCUUCUCCAUGGAGAUGUCCCGCAACCAACACCAACAAUACGGAAGUCAAUUUCAAGGACAAAUUCCGACGAUCGACGUUCCGAGCGUCGAAAUCGUUGGUGAGGAUGAUCAAGCCGGUCCUGAAUCCGACCCACAACAGGACGAUUUAGGCCUCGGCGUGGCCCAAAUCGUAAUAACCGCCGCCACGCCCAUGAUGGAAGAACCCGAACACCCAUUUCCACCCCCUGAAGACCCACCUGUCAACCAUCGCGAGGAAACCGCCCCCAUACCUGAAGAGGACGAGGAGGAGACACCGGUGGCGGCCGAACCCGACGGCGAUUCGACGCCGUUUGUCGUCAGUAGUAGCACGGGCAGCGAUGGUGAGACGACGGGGCCUAGCACCGCCGAAAAUUCGGUGAGUCAUGUGGUCAGCGAACCCAAACAGGUGGUCGGCGGCAGGGCUAGCAUCCCCGACGAACUUGAGCCCCAUCAGCUGGCCCGACUACAAGAUCUCAAAGAGUCCAACGCCUAGAAGACUAUAUUAGCUGCUUCAAUACGCAUCCGUGAACGAUCUUGAGUGUUGUUGAAUCGCGCGUAUAUUUGUACCUAAUUUGUUAUUUGUUAGAACAUAUGAGGAUAUUUUCACUUUAGACAUGUAAGUAGUUGGGAUUGGUAGGUUGUCGGUUGAAUUGGUUACAGUUGUUGGUUGGACGAUAUACAGGGUGUGCGGGAAAAACGUUGAAACGUUUUUGGGGGAGGUUCCCUAGAUCAAAAUAAGAAAAAAGUUCCUCUGUCUUUGCUGGACACCCUGUAUAUAUGCGUAGUUUGUUUCGGUAUUGAUGUCACAAUUUAUUUCUAACAUCAGUACACCUAGACCAGAACUCUGACUCAACUUUUCGUCUUCCCCACCACCAUAGUCAAAGAAGGGUUAGUUUUCCCACAUUGGUUGCCUUAUUUUUGAUUUGUCGGAAGUUCUGGUCCGAUUGGCACGAAACGUCUAAAGUGUUUUCCAUUGCUUAUCGUGACAAUCUAAUCAGCUUCGUAAACUCCAAUUUCGGGCGGUUUUCCAGUUGGGAAAUGUUGGGAAAGCGUCCGUCGACAAAAUGACGCCAAUGAUUGAUAUUUUGCUGAUACAAAGUUCCACUCAAGUCAAUUCAGUUUUGUAUUUCGCAAUAAUGUACUCGCAUCAUCAUAUUGUCGCACCAAGCGUAGGUCUAGUCUCCUCAACUAGGGCGCUGCUAGAGUAGCUAAGAUUAAAUGACUGAUUUAUAUUUAAGUAAAUAAGUGAAUCUACGCACUAUUAUUGUGGUGUGUGUUUCGUGUAUAGUGAUUAAAUUAAAAAAAAAAAACAAGCGUUGUUGCCUAAAAUUAAACAUUUUAGAUGUUUCUGCAAUUUUUAGAAAAAGGGACGAGUGGUUUUGGUUUGUUAGUUGGCAAUAAUAUAAACCGCAGGUACCGAUACAUGUUAUUCCUACAGAAAUGACUCUUCUGAUAUUAUUUGUAUUUUCUUUAAGGGUUUUGUGUAUCAUGCAAUGUUCCAUCAUGUUUUAGCAAUAAAUGGAUUUUAGUUUGUA